AUGCUGACAGGAGUGAUGCCGGCCGCCUUUCGAGAGGUCCUCAUCACCCUUAUUCCCAAACGAGGUCAUUACAAAUCCACCGACGUGACACAUUUUCGCCCCAUCCUGCUCAUCAAUUGCUGUCUUCGAGUAGUCAGUCAAGCUGCUAACACCCGCAUUCAGUCCAUUGCUAACCUGCUCAUUGGUCCUUACCAACGUGGCUUCAUGAGCAACCGCCGUAUGGAUCAAAACCUUAUGGAGACACGCACUCUCAUCAACCUUAUAAAAGAUGAGUAUCCGACCACUGGCGACAACCUACCCGAACGGACCCUUCUUAUGGCCGACUUUAACAAAGCCUUUGACCGAGUCUCGCAUAGUUACAUACGCCGGGUUCUUGGCCAUAUAGGGUUUGGGCAUCACAUGAUUAACUUCCUUAUGCUGAUCACAUCCGGCCAAACAGGUAGGAUCAUCCUCAACAACUAUACGGGCAGGUCCUUCCCCCUUCUCAGUGGCGUCCGUCAAGGAAACCCUGUGUCACCCAUCCUUUUCAACAUAGCGAUUGAACCACUUUUACGCCGCUUAAACCAACGUUUGAUCGGCAUCCCAAUCCAGUACGAUUUUAUCCAGUUCACGCACAUGAAGUAUCAUGCUUUCGCUGAUGAUGUUACCAUCUAUCUUGGGGAUACCAGGGAUUAUGCUACCGCAGGCGCGGAACUCGCCAUGUUUGAAAAAGCAAGCAGUAGUCUUGUGAAUACUGACAAAUCAGUUCUUUACGGUACUCUGCCUAACUUCCAGGAUGGUCACGACCCCUCCCUCCCCUAUCCACGCAAGAAUUUGUGGACUAGGCAGGCAAAUGGCACUUUUCAGUUUGACGACACGAGCUACCUAGGUAUUCCGCUAAACGGGGUUCAAUGGCCCCAGUUUCUCAAGAACCUUCCGUAUCUCUGCAAGACUCAAACGUACCAACAGCUCCGUCUCUGUGUACGCGCUAUGGGAACUAACAUCUAUGUUCACUCCAAGUUGCCAUUUCGAGACCUACAUACGCCUUUGAAGGACGACCAGCUCCAGCGGGUAAAGGACGCCGUAUCUGGUGUUUUUUAUGGUGUCUCGUUGACAACGCUCUACACACCACCACGUAAGGGAGGCUUUGGUGUCAUUGAAACCUGGCGCCAACUCCAGGGUCACCGAGCCAAAGUCAUAUAUCACGUCAUCACGGAUGACACUUCAUGGUAUAGUCUUUACUUCCGCACCAAAUGUUUAUUUCAUAUGGGCACACUCGCCCAACGAACAGCUCAUACCUCUCUUAAACGCCAGUUUGGUUCACUUUUCAUCGCUUCUUACAGCUGGGAAGACUUCCUCUUUUCUCCAAAGCGUACCGAUCAUGUUCGGCUCACGUUCACAGAAGGCGAAGUUGCCUACCUCAAGGCUUGGGACCAGCUCGCGCCCAAGACGAGACGCCCACGUCUCAAACCCACCAACCUCCCAAAGGACACCCGCGCCGCUUUCCGUUUACUUGUGUCCAAGACUCAGUCUUCGGCUCAACUCAGUCUCUCGGAACAAAAGUGGUGCCAGCCGAAGAAUUUUGCUUCUCUUAGUCGCAAAUACCAUCGUAACGAUACGGCUAUCAGGUCUGAGGGCCUCCUGAACCUCCUCCCUCUUUCUUACAAACAUUGGAAGAAAUUUUGGAAGGAGCUUUAUCACUUGGAAUGGCACCUAGGCCACUCCUUGGAGGCGUUUCAUCGCUUCAACAUCGGCUCCUACAUCCCUUGGACGACGGAGCCAAAGAAUGGGAGACUUGCUCAAUGUAUGCUCUGCAUGCAGCGUCUCCCCCAUGAGGAUCUAUACAGGCAUAUCUAUCAGUUUUGUGACUGUACGAAAGCCUUGUGGACGGCGGUGGGCCUCCUGGGCGAGCUUUCACUUGCCCAAAUGAUCGCUCCACUCCCUGUCGACUUGGAACAGGCCCGUAAAGUCGAUCGCUUGGUACGUAUCAUUAAACAUGAAUUCAUCCGGCGACGGCUUAGGCAGGAGGAUGGUGUGCAUUUGCAGCCACUCCGGCCACAGGAUGUUCUUUAUCGACAUCCCAUCUUAACAUAG